UCGUAUAGUUCUUUUUCUUUUCUCCGAGUUUUCAUGUGUAGUUACAUACAUAUGUUUGUGCAUAAGAGGAUACAGCCUCUACUAAAAAUGCAGGCCAGGCCACGUUCUAAUCAAGGCCUUGAGCCAGGCUCUUUAGCAAUCGGCGCUCAUGUCUUUCCUCGUCUGUUUUGAGAUUACCUUUGUACUGGAGAAUGGCACAAAAUAUACAGCCACGGGAAAAGCAGGCGACAACCUUCUGGACGUAGUUGUAAACAAUAACCUGGACAUUGAUGGCUUUGGUGCAUGCGAGGGGACCUUGGCAUGCUCAACGUGUCACCUCAUCUUCAAGCCCGAAGAUUACAGAAGGUUAAAGGAGACACCAACGGAUGAGGAACUGGACAUGCUGGACCUUGCCUACGGACUCUCCGACACGUCUAGACUGGGCUGCCAGGUGUAUCUCACUAAGGACCUGAGCGGAAUGGAAGUCAAAGUUCCUGCAGGUGUGAACGACGCCAGAGGAACCGAUACAUGACAACCUCUAGGACAUAAGAGCUUGUCGAAAGAAUGACAGAAGGAAACUUUGUUUAUGUGCUACACUGUUCAAGUGUUAGGUUGAUUCUCCUAUUAAUAAAUAGUUAUUUUUGUAUAACCCUCA